CCAAUGGAAGACUAGGGGAAAUCCAACAGCCAGCAGCAUUAGUCAGUACUCAGGACAGCUAGAUCAGAAGGUGACUACCAACUCCCAUCUCUUUAAAAACCAGAGUUUUGCUCAUCUUUACCCAGAGAAGGGCCCUAGAAAACAUAAGGUCAUAACAAGGGUCUGAGGAUCUUAGCUAGCACAAGAUCUCAACUCGGCAUUUCAUUGGAGUUUUUCACGCCUAAUGGAUAGCAGCAGUGGUAGCCAGGGAAAGAAUUCCAAAACCAGUGAUGGUUGUGAAACAAAAGAAGUUAAUAACACUGCACAGAAUUUUGUUCAUUUCACGGAAGAAGAGGAAGAUCUCGUUUUCAGAAUGCACAGGCUUGUUGGGAACAGGUGGGAACUUAUAGCUGGAAGAAUCCCUGGAAGAACAGCAAAAGAGCAGUACACUGAAGGGGAAAUUUGGUGUUUGGAAACAUUUCCCAGAAGGAUGUAAUCAGUUAUGAAGUGACAGUUUUGAUGCUAAACAAAUAAUGUCCACGGGUGACCUUGUAAUACUUUGCAAUAGUUGUGGUCUAACUGACAUUGCUCCCAAAAUAAAAAGAACACACGUGAGAUAUUCCUAAAGAACAUCGAAAAAAUAGUCCAAACCUUGCCCAAUUUCCCAAAUUGAAAGCCCUGUUCCCCAAUCUUGAGCUUCAUCCAAACGUAAAGAAAGGGACAUCAGCGUUGGGUAGAAUACAGCAUGUCUCAAACCUUUAUCUGAAUAGACGAAAAAAUGCUCUGAACUUUUCUCAUCCCACUGCAAAGAUGGCUUGUACUUAUCAAGUAAAUAAAUGAAAUCCCUUCCAGUGAUAGCAUUACCACCAUCACCUGUAAACAAACAUUCCUGAGAAAUAUAUAGUCUGAAAUGCAGGUUCGAGAUAAA